AUGUCGACAGAAGAACUAACUAAUUCAGUGACAUCGAUUUUAAAAAUGAAAGUGAAAUGCGUAGGAGGCAAUGCAUCGAGAUUUGGACGAACCUGGUGCCGUUUCAAAGCGUCUUUUCUAGUGAAAGUCUUCCCGCAUCCCCCGUUGCACAAAUAUGGCUUCUCCCCAUUAUGUGUCUCCCGAUGGCGCUUCAAAUCGUGUUGGCGAUUGAAAGACAACGCACAGAGAUCGCAAGGGAAAGGCCUGACAGAUGAGGUCGGAUAG